AAACACACACGCACAUUUACGUACACACUCACUCACAUGAUCCUGUUCUAAGUCUGCAUAGAGACACUUAAAAACGAAUUUGUACAUCCGUGUGUAAACAAUUUCUGUGUUAUGGAGUUGUGUUUCAGUAAUGAGAUCACUUAAUAAGUGGGCAUGGCCGUUCUUCCUCUUAGAAGGAGACAACAAACAAAGCUAUUGUGUCGUUUCCUUUUUUCCGGAUAAGAUUGUUGAAACUAUCAUAGCUAAUCCGAAACUGUCAGAUGCGGUUAUUCUUUUGGACGUAGAAGUCUUUAGCAAUGCCGACUGGAAACGUAAUAGUUUUCUACUUUGGAAUAUUAUUGAUCCCAUCAAUCAAACAGAUUUUUACACUGUCCCAAUGUGAUAUCACCAAAGGAGAUUGCGUCGCAGAUAAUAAGAGGGAACUUGAUUAUUGUAAAAGUACUUGCUUCAGAAAACCUGACAGUUGUAAAGGUUAUGGUGAUGUUGGCUUGUUUGGGAAAGACCAGAAAUACCAAUGUAACUGUAAACACCUUAGUGACUGCCAGUUCCAAAUCCUUAGUAAAUGUGAAAAUGGAUGCUUACCUGGAUUUAAAAAGCCAUAUUGUCAAAAGCGUAAGUAAAAUGAUUGUUAAAAAUU